AUGUUGGAACUAGUGCUGGUGGUCAUGCUGCUGCUUUUACCUUCAACUGCAUGCAAAGCAGAGCCCACCAAGUGUGGCAUGAAGGAUGCACUCCCUGUUCCUCUUGAAUGGUUCCAGCUGGGAGAUCUCCUCAUUGGUGAAAUUGCUUCUCAUUUUUUCUACCAUGUGCAUGAAAUAGACUUCAGACAAUAUCCUGCUCAGGAGUUAUACAGGAAUCCUUAUACAGCUACAAAAUCCUACCAACGUGUCCUGGCUAUGGUGUUUGCUAUAGUAGAAAUCAACAAAAAUCCCACAUUCUUGCCCAAUGUCACUCUUGGGUUUCACAGCUAUGACAGCUGCUAUGAUAAGGAGACCACCCUCAGGUUGCUCUUUAACGUGCAUCGAUAUUUACCUAACUUUGAAUGUGAUGCCCAUAAAAACAUAAUUGCUGUCGUUGGGAGAUUUAGCUCUGAUACCUCCUUCCUCAAGUCAGACAUCCUCAGUCUCUACAAGAUUCCACAGACAUGGCCCCUUUCUCUGUGUAGCGAUUACUGCAAACCUGGCUAUCAUAAGAAAAAGAGGGAAGGGCAGCCAUUUUGCUGCUAUGAUUGUGUUCCAUGCCCAGGAGGGAAGAUUUCAAUCCAAACAAAUAUGGACAAUUGCAUCAAAUGCCACAGUGAUCAAUAUCCAAGCAAAAACAAAGACGGAUGCAUCGCCAAGACAUUAAGCUUCUUGUCUUUUGAAGAACCUUUAGGAAUUAGUUUGGCUUCCAUAGCUGUCUGUUUUUCCCUCAUCACAGCCACAGUGCUAGGAAUCUUCAUUAAGCACAAAGACACCCCCAUCGUCAAAGCCAACAACCGAGAGAUCACCUACGUACUUCUCAUCGCUCUCCUGCUCUGCUCACUUUCUUCUCUUCUAUUCCUUGGCCGACCAAGGAAGGUGACCUGCUUCCUCCGACAGUCUGCUUUCGGCAUCAUCUUCUCAGUGGCUGUUUCCUGUGUUUUGGCCAAAACCAUUACUGUGGUUGUAGCUUUCAUGGCCACCAAACCAGGGUCCAGCAUGAGGAAGUGGGUGGGGAAAUGGCUGGCUAAUUCCGUCAUCCUUUCCUGUUCCCUUGUUCAAGCCAGCAUUUCUAUGGUGUGGCUGGCAACCUCACCACCUUUUCCUGAUUUUGACACAGAGUCUCUGACAAAAAGUACCAUACUAGAAUGUAAUGAGGGUUCUGUCACUAUGUUUUAUAUUGUCUUGGGCUACAUGGGGCUUUUAUCCCUCAUCAGCUUGACUGUGGCUUUUCUAGCCAGGAAGUUGCCGGACAGUUUUAAUGAAGCCAAGUUCAUCACUUUCAGCAUGCUGAUCUUUUGUAGUGUUUGGGUCUCUUUUGUUCCAGCCUAUCUGAGCAGCAAAGGGAAAUCCAUGACAGCCGUGGAGAUCUUUUCUAUUUUGGUGUCUAGUGCUGGGUUACUAGGCUGUAUCUUUUCCCCCAAAUGCUAUAUCAUUGUAUUGAGACCUGAGCUGAACAGGAAAGAGGCACUAAUAAGGAGAAAAAAAUAA